UUUUGACGUGUACAGAAUACACGAAUACAGAUGAAACCCGGCAACGUUGUUCAAAAGUGAUAGGGAAAAAUCGUUAUGCUCUUGCGCAUUGACUUUUCUGCUCGAACAUGUAGACAAAUUUCGCAAUUUUCGCAGCGCACUGCACAUUCCGAUCGUCGAGGAUCCGCUCGUUCCAAUCCGUCUUUUACCGACACUGUUCUGUGCUGUGGUAAGUCGGCUUUUCUCUAUUUUAAAAAAUUUGUGAGUAAAAAUUUUCAUCCAUCGUUUUCCUGUUUAAAAUUGCGUCAUCGGGCCGAAAUAACUGUGAAAUUAUCGUUUAGAAGGGCUCUAGUUUGCCGUUUUGUGAAACUCUCGCGAAGAAAUUACGUAAUUUCCAUUGAAAACCCGGUCAAGAAGACGGACCUAGAAUCUAGUCACCGAGGAAUUCCUGACGGCCAUUACGAUUACGGUGUCCAAAUUGUUACAAAUUCUAUCAUCUUUCGAGUUGUCAUAACCAGUGUCAUUUACAAAAUAACAUCGGCGUAAUCCUCCACACGAAUUCAAAACCCUCAAAAAGGCGUAUCCCAGUAAUUUCACAGUUGAAUUCGGCCCAGUUUUGUUACAUAACUCGUAUCAUGAACUUUAGCUAGUCUAAAGUUUUUUGACAGUUCACUUUCAGAUCUCGUUGAAGUAAAGUGUCCCCAUUUUUUGGCUCUGUUUUAGGCUUCAAGACCCUCCGAAACUCAAAUAAAUUAAAAAACAAAGAUGUUCUCCGCCGCCAGACUGAUCGCCCCUGCUGCUAGAAGCGCUAUCCUUAACAACUCUAAACAAUACCUUAGGCCAUUGAGCAGUGCCGUCAGCCAGAGCCAGUCUUUGGUACAGACUGUACAACAACAAAAACAGGCUAGUCUUUUGCCCGCCAUUCGUGGUUUCCAGACCAGCCCUGUAACAAAAGACAUUGACUCCGCCGCUAAAUUUAUUGGUGCAGGAGCUGCCACUGUAGGAGUAGCUGGUUCUGGUGCUGGUAUUGGAACAGUAUUCGGUUCCCUAAUCAUCGGUUAUGCUAGAAACCCAAGCCUAAAACAACAACUUUUCUCAUAUGCCAUCUUGGGUUUCGCCUUGUCUGAAGCCAUGGGUCUUUUCUGUCUUAUGAUGGCCUUUUUGUUAUUGUUCGCCUUCUAAGAAGGGCUCUAUUAUUAUCUAAUAAUAAAUUUAUAUGUUAAAACGUACCAUCGUAAAUCAUUUUUUUUACAGUUUGUGUCCUUUAUAUUGCGCUAGACGUUUUUUCUAACGUGGUAUAAAUGCCACUUUCUCUUUUCAUUAAGACUUUAUAAUAAUUAUUAGAACAAUCUAGGACAAUUAUAUGAUUUAAAAUCUCGUCAAGAGACUUUGGGCUUACUAUUUAUUAAUUAAAUCAUAUAUUUGUUUCUUGUUUUUUUAGUAGUUUCCGACAUAUUUGGAGCUGAAAAAAAAAAGUAAAUAUCGGCCGUGGCAACAUAUUAGAUCAGAGUCAAAAAAUGAUACAUAUUGUACAGACCAUCAGAAAAUAGAGAUGUCAAUAAAAACAUUUAGUUGUGAUUUUUUUCAAUGUAUGUUAGUUAUUUUAUAUCCUUUAUCCUUUUUUUCACUCAUAUUACAGAGCAUAAUGUUUAGGUGUACUUCAAUAAAAUUGUUUUUUUGAUUUUAUAGACAAGGCCUUAUUU